UUGAUUGUCACAAGUGCCGAGUGGAGCUCGCCGAGUAAGGAAGUCCCAACCUUGUUCCGAGCCUCGGUUCCUUCCGUGAUUGCGCGCGAUUUCCGUGAAGUGUAUAUCUCCGUCUCCGAGAAGCUGGUCUUUCUCUCUUCUUCCUUUCUCUAUUUCUGCAAAUUCAAAAUGCCAGAUUCAGAUCACACCGAAGCGGAGGCGCUGGACGACACUCAGCAUGUGGGGGCAUCCAGUCCGAUGCCCGCGGGGAAAUCAACGACAAAACGACAAUUGCUAGCAGCCCUGACUGCGACCGACGUGACUAUCCGGCGAUUAGAUUUACUUCUAUCCUCAGCCAGCGGAGAAGAACGAGUCCUCGCAACCACAAAUUAUGUCGCAUCAAUCCUCCACCACCUCUGUGCUUCAGCGCCUUGGAUCGCGUUACAAACCCGACUUGGAAUCUUAAGGCGAUUACGAGGCAGAGUCUCUUCACAGCCCUCCUAUUCCAAACCCUCCCCCUCCUCCGCUAGAUGGUCCGCUCUCUCCAACCUCGCCUCUGAAACCCGUUACAACAUUCGCCUCUUCGGUCUCAUUCCACUCUGGGUCUGGGGCUCCCAAGAGAUCAAAUCACCACACGCCGAUCCUAUAAUCCACGCCCUCACCAUCCUCCAAGUCAUCUCCAACGUUAUCUACCAACUCCUCGAAAACAUAGCCUACCUCGCCGGAAAGGGCGUCGUCUCCAAGAAAUGGAUCAAUAAGUACGGCGGCAUCGAUAUCUGGUAUAUAUGGAGUACCCGUGGCUGGUUUGGGCAUAUUUUCUUCCAAUUCUUCGUUCUCUGGCGGGAACAUGUCCUGCGCAAAAGACGCUUGGCGGCUAAACGCGCUGCCGUCGGCAAUGUCGAGACGAAGGAAAUCAAAGCUGAAGAGGCCGAGGCACUGCGUCUGGAGAUUAGGUCUUGGAAGAAGAGCCUGGUUAACAAUACUAUCUGGGCUCCGUUGUGCAUUCAUUGGAGUUUCGAGAAAGGUGUUGGUAUCCCGGAGAGCAUGAUAGGCUUGGGCAGUUUCAUGGCUGGCGCUUGGGGACUUUAUGAUGCCUGGGUCGCUACAGGCAAAGCGUGA